CUGUCCCAGCACUAUGAUCCCAAACCAAAGGGCCAGGAUGACAGAUACUGUGAAAGCAUAAUGAAGAGCCGAAACCUGAUCAAAACCUGCAAAGACAUCAACACCUUUAUUCAUGGCAGCAAGAAUGACAUCAAGGCCAUCUGUGAAGAUAAGAAUGGAAAACCUUACAGCCGCAAUCUCAGAAUAAGCAAGUCUCCCUUCCAGGUCACCACUUGCAAGCAUAAAGGACGGUCCCCAAGGCCUCCAUGCAAGUACAGAGCCACAAGAGGGUACAGAGUCAUUGUUAUUGGCUGUGAAAAUGGCUGGCCCACCCACUUUGAUGAGUCCUUUAUCCCUCCAAGGCAGUAG